AUGUCUUAUUUUCUUGGAGUUGAAGUAAAACAAACGGAAGAAGGAAUUUAUAUGUUACAAAAGAAGUAUGCAGAAGAAAUACUGAGUAGGUUCAGAAUGAAAGAUUGCAAGCCUAUUUCAACACCAAUAGAAGCAGGAAUGAAGUUGAAAGCUGACUCAGAUAGAGAACCAGUAAACCCAACACUAUUCAAAAGCCUGGUCGGAAGCUUGAGGUAUUUGACUUUCACUCGACCAGAUAUAAUGUUUGUAGUUAGUCUAAUUAGCAGAUAUAUGGAGCAUCCAAAGCAGGAUCAUUUCAGUGCAGCAAAGAGAAUUUUAAGAUAUAUCAAAGGAACCAUCAGUCAUGGAUUAUUCUAUACGCAUUCCCAAGAUUCAAGGUUAAUUGGCUAUGCAGAUAGUGAUUAUAGUGGAGAUGUAGAUGAUAUACAUAGCCGCAGCAGCGUGUACAUGUCAAGUGAUUUGUUUAUGCGAGGUAAAGUUCAUCGAGAUUCCUUACAGUUUGAUCCAGAAAUCGAGAAAACUGCAAAGAAAAAUCGAAAGCAAGCCAAGCAAAGAAAGCAAGAAGAAUCUUCAGGUUCAAAGCCGCACAAAGAAUUAGUGAUGGCAACUAAUAAUUAG